GUGAAGGUGCAGUAAGGAGGGAGGCUAGAUGCACGGGCCAAGAGAUGAAGCAGGGCGGCAAUCUGACAGCCAGCCUGAUGUGGGCCUGUGGGGGUGUGGGAGUCUCUCCUGGAGGGAUUGUAGAUUUAUGGCACAUUAGUGGCUUGCUUACAGGAUUAUCUCGAAAAUUAUCAAUAUGAUUCAGUUAAUUAUUUUUGGCAAAUUGAUAUUCUUUAUCAUCUCUGAUUCAAGUAUGUAUAUUUUCCUUUAUGUAUUUGAAGAAAUCUGUUUCGCCUUCCUCUUACAAUCCAGGUAAGCUCUUCACCUUCCCCCAGUCAUCCUGGGGUCUUUCAGGAGGCUGUGCUAGGUUACAGCUCAAAGCGUCAUGCUGACAGAGGUGGAGUCCUCAGCUGGUCGCCAUUUUUGAAGCAUGUUUUUGAGGAAAUCCUAUUAUUCUUAAUUCUUAACCCUUAGGAGUUUUAACAAAGUUUAUGUUGCUGUUGUUAGCAAUGGAGUAGCUUAGAGUUGUCUCUAGCCCAUAUUAAAACAACAACAAAAUUGUAAACGCACCUUCAAGAUGGGCAGUGGGCAGGCCCAGCCCGUUUUAGGAAGUCCCCUCGCUGUUCCCCAUACCACACGGAGUGAAGGAAGAAAACCAUGUCAUGUAAAUGAAGUCAGUGAUGUGGUUAAGCCCAACAAAGUUCUUUACAAAAUGAAAAUUAAGAUUGUUCAGACCUGUCUUAAUGCUUAAUGCUUACUUAAAAGGCUAAGUGACUAAUUUGACCAGCCAUUUGUUAGAGGAUUACUCAUUUUAACCUUUGAGUUCAUUGUCUUUUAAGUGGCUAAACAUAUUUUGAGUAAUCUAUAAUACGUUGAAAUAUUAAAAAUAUUAUAUGCUUUCUCAUUGAAAAUACUAUCUUUUCCCACUUCUGUAAGUACAGUAUUUAAAAUUGUGUCAUUUUAGCCUCCUGUACCCAGAUUUUGCAAGUGACUAACAUUAUAGACCAUAAUCUGUAAUAAUAGCUGCUGCUUUUAUUGUUAUUUUCCUGGGUGCUUUAAAGAUUAUUUUUAUUAAUAAUCUGGUAUUUCAGCACCAAAGAAAGGGUAAAUUCCCUCUAAAUCUGACUUUCCACAUGCUCAAGUCAUGAAUGAUUAAAAAUUUUUUUUUCAUGAGAACUUGUCAAACAUUCAAGAUCCAAGAAGUGUAAAUGUUUAAAUCUCUUCCUGAGAUUUUUUUUUUAACAUGUAACAUUUUCUCUUUCUCUCUCUCUUCAAGUGAUUGAAUAAGCCAAAUGGGUUGACGUUUUUAAUAAAGUAUGCAUUUGACUUUCACAGUUUGUUUUUAUAUUUGUUUACUGAAUUUGAUUUGUGCAGUAGCUUGUUAAGACUCAAAUUAUGUCUUUACAUGUGUUCUUUUUAUUUCUCUGCUAAUAUACUGUAAUUGUAAUUUCCCAGUAAGUCAGAUCAUGUCAGGGAUUUAUUCCAGAAUUAUCAGUAGGAUAAUUCUUGGGAUAUUGCUUUGGCUCACAGGAUUGUGGUUAGUGGUUUUGUAUAUAUUUUGUUUUCCUAGAAAUUUGUAUGUAAUUCCAGGUUUUUGUUAACAACCGUAUUGUAACCAGAUAAGAGCUUGCCAGUUAAAGCAUUCUAAGGUUAAUUUUUCUGUAAAUUAAGCAUGUGGGCCUUGACUUUGAGUCCCAGUCAAUGGCGAUCCAUCGGAAUCAUCUGGAGAGCUUUUAUAGCAACGCCAGUGCCUCGAUACCCUCUGAGGCCCGGACUGACUUAGGAGGGCGUGGCCCCUGGCAGUGAUAGGAUCUGUAAGCUCCUCAGGUGAUUGUGAUGGGAGCCAGCGAAUGUGAGAAGGCACCUGGAGAUCUCUCACUCAGUGGUUUUCCACGUUGGCUGCACAAUGGAGUUACUUGGGGAGUAUAAGCAACUCUGAUAUCCGGGUACCACCUCCAGAGGUUUUGAUUUAGUUGUUCUAGGAUAUUGCCUGGGCAUGAGGAUUUUACAAAACAGCCACGUGAUGGUAACACAAAGGCAAAUUUGAGAAUCACUGGUCACCAACUUCCUUUUUUCAGGUGAGGAAUCUGAGGCCCAAACCAAGGAGGUUAAGUGAUUUGUCCAGGAUCCACAGAACACAUCCAGAAUUCUGAUCUUUGGACUUGUAGUCAAAUGUUUUUACCAGGACAUCACGUAUUUUUGGAAAGUGUAGGUUUUGUCGUGUCAGAAGUACCCACAAACUUAUGUUUCUUGGCUUCUUCAUCCAGAAAAUGGCAAACAUUUUCUCUUUUAACACUGGAAAUGUGAAAGUUCAUAGCUCAGAUUCAGUCAUUACCUUAGUCAUGACAUAGUAGAAAUUAGGCACUAGGAAUUAGACACAUUCCUGUAUUCUAGAACUUGGGCACACUCUCUGGAAGCAAAUUAGGCAAAAGGAGAAUCCAACUGAAAUGCCUCAGGCCAGGUUAACUCCAUGUCAUUAUUUCUACAGCAGGAAUUAUGAAUGCUUGUGUUUAAAACCUAGGCCAUUCUCUAGAAGGUUGCACUGGCCUUGUCUGAUAGAAUUUUCAGAAUGUCAGAAAAGGAGGAAAAUAGUGAGAACAUGUUAUAGGCUAACUCUAUAGCCUCAUAUGUUUGGGAAGCAGACGUGUGUGGUACUCUUGGGGCAGACGGAGGGUGUGAGGUGAUUGUCAUCCUUGAGCCACAUCUCCUCACUUCCCCAACACACACAGCCAGAAGCCUUCCUCUAGGCACACCUCUAGCCCCAGCAACACCUGCGCCCUGCUUUACUUAUUACACUGUUGUUUCUCUGUAGUCUUUAGCCCAGCGUCUUCCUGAAUAUAGAUGUGUUUAAGAAGUAUUGUUGAACGAAUGACGUGGACUGUAAAUCUUAGGGUUUGCACAGUGUGCUCUGCCGACCUGCAGAAUCUGCAGCAGCGGCAGCUCCUGGGGAACUUGUUGGAAAGGCAGAUUCUCAGUCUCCACCCUAGACUCACUGAAGCAGAAACCCUGCAGGUGGAGCUCAGUCAUCAGAGUUUUAAGAACCCUCCAGAUUUUCUGACACUGUGAUAAGGUGAGCAUCACCAUAGCUUUUUCCGCUCUCUGGAGGACCUAGAAGAAAGAAUAAAAUGCUAGCAUUUAUAAGACGAAAUCUCACAAAACUGUCCCUUAUCUUCAGUCACAUGCUGGCAGAAAUCAAGGCAAUCUUUCCUAAUGGGCAAUUCCAGGGAGAUACCUUUCGAAUCACGAAAGCAGAUGCUGCAGAAUUCUGGAGAAAGUUUUUUGGGGACAAAACUAUUGUCCCGUGGAAAGUGUUCAGACAGUGUCUUCAUGAGGUCCAUCAGAUUAGCUCUGGCCUGGAAGCAAUGGCUCUAAAAUCAACAAUUGAUUUAACUUGUAAUGACUACAUUUCAGUUUUUGAAUUUGAUAUUUUUACCAGGCUGUUUCAGCCUUGGGGCUCUAUUUUACGGAAUUGGAAUUUCUUAGCUGUAACGCAUCCGGGUUACAUGGCAUUUCUCACAUAUGAUGAAGUUAAAGCACGACUACAGAAAUACAGCACCAAACCUGGAAGCUACAUUUUCCGGUUAAGCUGCACUCGACUGGGACAGUGGGCCAUCGGCUAUGUGACGGGGGAUGGCAAUAUCUUGCAGACCAUCCCUCAUAACAAGCCCUUAUUCCAAGCCCUGAUUGAUGGCAGCAGGGAAGGAUUCUAUCUUUAUCCUGAUGGGAGGAGUUAUAAUCCUGAUUUAACUGGAUUGUGUGAACCUACACCCCAUGAUCAUAUAAAAGUUACACAGGAGCAAUAUGAAUUGUAUUGUGAAAUGGGCUCCACUUUUCAGCUCUGUAAAAUCUGUGCCGAGAACGACAAAGACGUCAAGAUCGAGCCUUGCGGCCAUCUGAUGUGCACUUCGUGCCUGACAGCGUGGCAGGAGUCAGAUGGCCAGGGCUGCCCCUUCUGUCGCUGCGAAAUAAAAGGAACAGAGCCCAUCAUUGUGGACCCCUUUGAUCCGAGAGAUGAAGGCUCCAGGUGCUGCAGCAUCAUUGACCCCUUUGGAAUGCCAAUGCUGGACUUGGAUGACGACGAUGACCGAGAGGAGUCCUUGAUGAUGAAUCGGUUGGCAAAUGUUCGAAAGUGCACUGACAGGCAGAAUUCACCGGUCACAUCACCAGGAUCCUCUCCCCUUGCACAGAGAAGAAAACCACAUCCGGACCCUCUCCAGAUCCCACAUCUGAGCCUGCCCCCCGUGCCCCCUCGCCUGGACCUGAUUCAGAAGGGCAUAGUGCGGUCUCCCUGUGGCAGCCCAACUGGUUCCCCAAAGUCUUCUCCCUGCAUGGUGAGAAAACAAGAUAAACCGCUGCCAGCACCACCUCCUCCCUUGAGAGAUCCUCCUCCCCCUCCACCUGAGAGACCUCCCCCCGUCCCACCUGACAAUAGACUGAGUCGUCACUUCCAUCACAUGGAAAGUGUGCCUUCCAGAGACCAGCCUAUGCCUCUAGAAGCCUGGUGCCCUCGGGAUGUGUUUGGGACUAAUCAAUCUGUGGGAUGUCGACUGCUAGGGGAUGGCUCUCCGAAGCCUGGAAUCACAGCUAGUUCGAAUGUAAAUGGAAGGCACAGUAGAAUGGGCACUGACCCAGUGCUUAUCAGGAAACACAGACGCCACGAUCUGCCUGCAGAAGGAGCCAAGGUCUUCUCCAAUGGCCACCUGGGAAGUGAAGAAUAUGAUGUUCCUCCCCGGCUCUCUCCUCCUCCUCCAGCUACCACCCUUCUCCCUAGCAUCAAGUGUACUGGUCCAUUAGCAAAUUCGCUUUCAGAGAAAACAAGAGACCCAGCAGAAGAGGAGGAUGAGGAGUACAAGGUUCCUUCAUCCCACCCCGUUCCCCUGAACUCACAACCGUCUCACUGUCAUAACCUGAAACCUUCUCUUAGGUCUUGUGACAAUGGUCAUUGUAUAUUGAAUGGAACACAUGGUACAUCUUCAGAGAUGAAGAAAUCAAACAUCCCUGAGUUAGGCAUCUAUUUAAAGGGAGAUGUUUUUGAUUCAGCCUCUGAUCCAGUGCCAUUACCACCUGCCAGGCCUCCAACUCGCGACAGUCCAAAGCAUGGUUCUUCACUCAACAGGACGCCCUCUGAUUAUGAUCUUCUCAUCCCUCCAUUAGGUGAAGAUGCUUUCGAUGCCCUCCCCCCGUCCCUCCCGCCUCCCCCACCUCCCGCAAGGCACAGUCUCGUCGAACAUUCAAAACCUUCUGGCUCCAGUAGCCGACCAUCCUCAGGACAGGAGCUUUUCCUUCUUCCUUCAGAUCCCUUUUUUGAUUCUGCAAGCAACCAAGUUCCUUUGCCUCCUGCCAGGAGAUUACCAGGCGAAAAUGUCAAAUCCAACAGAACGUCGCAGGACUAUGAUCAGCUUCCUUCAUCUGCAGAUGGUUCGCAAGCACCAGCCAGACCCCCUAAACCCCGGCCCCGCAGGACUGCACCGGAAGUUCACCACAGAAAACCCCAUGGGCCUGAGGCUGCCUUGGAAAACGUCGAUGCAAAAAUUGCAAAACUCAUGGGAGAGGGUUACGCCUUUGAAGAAGUGAAGAGAGCCUUAGAGAUAGCCCAGAAUAAUGUCGAAGUGGCCCGGAGCAUCCUCCGAGAAUUUGCCUUCCCCCCUCCAGUCUCCCCACGUUUAAAUCUAUAGCAGCCAGGACUAAACACCAAAACAUCGAGCAAUCGAUGAGUAUUCCAGGAGUGUGGAAAGUAUUCCAGAGGGGCGUCGCCGCCUCACGUGGCAUCUGGAGAAGAGCGAGGCUUGGACGUCCUGCCUCGCCCGAAAGACAGCUGCGCGCUCAGGACGCCAGCGGCCGCGGCUUCCUCUUUUGCUAGCCAUACUUUUAAAUCAGGGUUGAACUGACAAAAAUAAUUUAAAGACGUUUACUUCCCUUCAACUUUGAAUCUGUGAAAUGCUUUUCCUUGUUUACAAGUUGGCGACGUUGCAGUUUGUUCUCGUUUUUAGUUUUGUUUUGGUUUUUUUGAUACCUGUACUGUGUUCUUGCCGGACCCUUUGUAGCGUGGUCAGGUCUGCUGUAACAGUCCCACCCGUUCCUUCACCGUCCAUGUCAGCAGCUAGUCACCUCUUCAUUUUGGUCUCUCCCAUCAUAUCCCCAUCCCACCCCCACCAGGUCUAGUUCCAUUUCUCUCAUUUACAAGAUGCUUUAAAAGUUCUGAUUUUCGACUCAUGAAACUAAUGCAAAAAAAAAGUGUGUGGCCUUCACUACUGAGUCUUUUUUUGGAAACCAUCGCUGUUGAGAGAUGGAGAAAAUCUGAAUGUAUAAAGCAUUUUUUUUGUCAAUGAAUUGCCUUUUAUAAGGGGUUUUCAUAUAAUAUAAAGGAGCUUCCCUUUUUAGUGUAAGUUUUGUGAUUCUCAAUCUUCCAUAUUCUCAUCUCUGUCAUCUCAGGCGUGUCACGACUCUGUAAAAAUCUAAAAUAUUAGAAAGCAACUACUGCAGAUAUGGGAGAAAUACACUUACACAUGACAAUGCCAUACUGAAGUCAUAUGAUGAGGUCCCUUGAUAUUUAUGCCCGCAUUACUCUGAGGCAUGCUGAAUAAGAGGGCCAGCUCCCUGAAAUAUAUUAAUAAUUUGCAGAUAAAAUUAUGGUCAUUCCUUCCCCGAAGUGGAAUAGAGUUCAUUUCCUGUUUGACUUAUUACACUCUGGUACCUAACCGGCUUAGGAACCAGCUCCUAUUUCAGUGGAAACGUUAACUCUUCGAUGCACUGUUAAGUGCUGAUGCUACUGUGGCAAUGUGUUUUGCAAAGUCCUUAGUCAUCUUCUCUCUGCAAUCAAAUUAGAGUUCGUAUCUAACUUGUAGACUCUCUCAUUCAUUGCUCCACAUUGCUCCAUCCAGUCAGGUGAAAGAAAUUAAUAGAGUUUUGCCUUUUUUGCAAAAUGGUGGUUGGUUCUUCAGAAACCGUGUUAUUACCUUUCGUAAAUCUACAAAUAUUUAUUGAGCAUUUAUGAUGUGCUCGGCGCUGUUAGGCACUGUGUUUUUAAAGCACAAACUGUUGCAAGCUGAUUCCAAUAUAAUGUUUUCUGAUUCUUUAUCUGCAUUUUCGAUGGUAAGUCUUUCUGAUGGACAAAGCCUAGAAGGUUCCCAUCAGGGCUUCAGAAUUUUCAGGCAGUUUGCUUUUAUUUUUAUUUCCUAAUGAGAAGUUAGUAGAGAAAUGAAACAAAACCAGGUCUGUGUAAAAUGCUUGAACCAACAGUAGGUUUUCUAAAUAUGGACUAAUUGUGGGGUUGUGCCUGUUUCGGCCACUCCUUUCUUAGUUUCAAACACAGUGUGAUGCCAAGAAAUGCAUCCGACAGCGAGCCUCUCUUCAGGAAUUGACAUGACCAGACAUCUAGCAGACCCCGGGGGAGUGAAUGCCGUUCAAGACUGUCAUCAGCCAGGGCGACCUGGGGAGGGGAGCUACUGCGUUCCUUUGCCAAGUGACAGUGGCCUUUCCUGACAGUUUGGCUGUCUUGAUUGGGGGACUUGAGGAGUCACAGGCCUUGGGUAGUUUGUGCUCAUGUUUUAAUUUCUCCAGAUGAUUCUGAGCUGGUUAAGGUCCCUAGAGGGGAAGUUUCAAUUUGCCUUAGUCCUUCCUGUGAGUACAUACAUAUUCGAGUAUAGCUUUUUACAAUUUUUUAAAAUCGUAUCGGCUAAUUCUCCAUGACUUUGUGAACUCCAUGUUCUGUCCUCAUGAUCUUUCACUUGUUUUCUCAGUUUCUGAUGUCACAUUGGAAUAGCACUGUAUAUUUUGGCUUUUUUUGACUUGCUGAUUACAGGUAUAGUCUAAAAGCCAGAAGUUGCCACUUCAUAUUUAUGAUGUUCUUAAUAGAGUAGGAAAUGAUGUAAAAUUAUGAAUGUUAGAAAACUUAGUACAUUCUCAAACAAUUUUCAAGUAAUAUGGAAAAUUUCCCUUGAGAAUUAGAAAAAGACUGGUAACGACGUAGUAAAUUUAGACCUGAAAUGUUUUUAAAAAUCUAUUUUGCAAAGAAAACUAGCCUCCACCAAAAUCUCUCUGCAUCUUGUACUCAAUAGCAACCAUUAGUUUUGUCAUGAAAAAGAAUGAGUCAGAAAGUUGUACAGGAUCAAAUGGAAAGAAGGAAACUUUCUAUCCAACACUGUCAUGGAAACCCGUUGCUACCUAUUACCUAUGACUUACCAAACUCCAAAAAAAAAUUUUUGAAGAAAUAAUUAAUCCAAAAUGCUUUUUUAAUUAUAAAAGUGACUACCUAUUAUUGGUUGUAAAUGAAGCAGACUUAGUUGCACUGUGAUCCAAAAAGGAGACAUUCCUCCCAUUUCUCCAGACUUGGUAAUAAGAUGAUUUUUUAAGCCACUGUGCCAUGUCCAUAAAAUUAAAACUUAGCAUGGCCAACAGUAACCUGCUCUCCCCUACCCGGCAACAUGUUCUGGGGGUGAAAGUACUGAUCCUCAGUGAUAGUCCAGUAAAUUAAUCUCCAUAAUCUCUUUUUUUCCCUUUCAUGUAAUAUCCUGACCAAUUGUCUAGAAUCAGAGCAAUGCUUUUGGUUGCCUUGAACCUCCCUCCACAGAGACGACCUGUAGCCCCUCUCCAUCCGUUUCCCCUUGCCCACGUUGCAAAAAGUCUUAAUAAUAGAUCCCUAAUGGCAACUUCAAAGGGCCCAUUUGUUACUCAAUGUUUCACACACAAGAACACUUGCAAAGAUUUCUUCAUAAUGUGAAUUUUUUGUUUUUCAGUUCCAGAAGCAUUUCCUACAGUUUGGACAUUACUUUUCCUCUCGGAUUUUCAACUUGAAGCUUUAAUUUGCACUGAAUUGCCUAACCUGGUUAAAAUUUUAAUUUUUCCUCUUAUUAAGCUGACAGAUUUGGAAGCAAAUUACAGUGUGUCUCAAAAAUACAGGUACUACCUGUUGACCUGGAAUUUUAGUGCUUCUGGGAGAAGUUUCCAGAAAAAGACAGCAAUAGAGUGAAGGGUUUUCUUCCCAAUUACUGUUUUAUUUUUUUAAAGGCCUUUUUUAAACUUGUCUAAUGUGGCAAAUAGUUAUGUGUUCAAUUAAUUUAUAUUUUAUUCACCCUUUUUCAAUUCUGGUUAUUAUGUAAACUCAAGUACUUUAUCUGUUCUUUUAAGGUAUUUUAUAAAAUGAAUGUUAACAAAAUGCA